UAGAAUCAGCUGAUUUACAUAAACCUAUCGAAACUCUGCAAUAAAUUGGUUUAUUUUUGUUUACCUGUCUUUUUAUCAGUGAUAAGAGAAAUGUCCACCCACGAUAUCAAGUUGGAGGUCUGCGUGGACUCCAUACGAUCUGCUUUUGCCGCCGAGGAUGGCGGAGCUUCACGCAUUGAACUGUGUUCGGCAUUGGGCGAAGGUGGCUUGACACCCAGCGUCGGUACCCUGAAAACCAUUAAGGAAACGCUCACAAUACCCAUUUACUGCAUGCUGAGGCCACGACGGGGCACUGACUUUGUCUACAGCGACGAGGAGAUGUGCGCCCUGCUUACGGACAUGGACUUGUUGCGGGAAAACGGUGCCGAUGGCUUCGUUUUCGGAUCCCUGAAUCCGGAUCGCAGCAUCAACGUGGAUCAGUGUCGGCACGUUUUGCUGGCGUCGGGUGGUCUGCCAGUGACCUUUCACCGCGCCUUCGACCUCACCGACCAGAAGUCCAUGGACGAGAAUGUUGACAUGUUGCGCGAACUAGGUUUCCGACGUCUGCUGAGCAGCGGAUUCCGACCCACGGCUGCCGAUGGCGUGGAUUGCCUGGCACAGCUGAUAGCCAAACAUCAAAGAGACUUUAUAGUUAUGCCCGGUGCCGGCAUAAAGGUGUCCAACCUGGAGGAGAUCCUCACGGUCAGUCGCUGCCUGGAGUUUCACGCUUCCGCCUUGGACACGGCCGGCGAGGACUACGUGGCGCCCACCACCACACGAAUGGAGUGUGACGUAACCAUGGGUAAACAGGACGUGGACCCCUACUACGGAACCAACUCCAUCGUGGUGCGGAAGAUGGUUACCAUUGCGAAAGCGAUGAGCUCCCGCUGAAAAUCACAGUACUUAACCUAUCCCUAAGACUUAAUUUAUUCCUUAACUAUUUGAUUACUUCAGUAUCAUUUUAUAACUAGUAUAUACUUUUUACUUAAGUAGUCAUAUCCCUAAAAUUCUAAAUUCUAAAAAAUAAUCAAAAUUGGAUUUGAUUUGAUUGUUCUGCAACAUGAUUGUGGAGAUAGUAGAUAAUCCUGCUGCUCUAGAACAUCAUUAUUUUAAUGAUCACUUAAAUAAUGCAGAAAUGGUAUUGCACAGAAUAGAAGCAUAUAAUGUAAAGCUAAAUACCCAUAUGAAGAGAUUGAAAGAACUGCUGGCCAAGAAUAGAAGGUUGAUUGCGGGGCUAUCGUACAAUGAGCACAGCAUUAAAUCUUUAUUGGAAAACAAAGCUCAAGAUAAACAAAUAGAGUAAGGAAAAGGAGAUGAUAUGAACUCGGUUAUAAACUAAUGCAUUUUUAGGCGAAAAUCAAGUAAAAGAAGGUGUCAUCUUCGUAGGACUUGCAAGGCGACCGACAUCAGAGAGGCCUGUUGGACGCAAUGCAAGUCCCACAUGGAGCCAGAAGAGAAAGAGCAAGCCCAAGACGUGUUGGAGAUCCAAAGGAAAUCACAAACGUCUAGAAUCCGUUCCGGAAAAGUAUGUGAACGGCAGAAAGGUGGUAGGGAGCUGAGUUCAUAUUACGAGCUAAGUGAGGAGAUUGGUUUCAAAGUGAAAUGCAUGCUAAAGCUGGUCGAAAGGAUGGAUUUCAAAACGGCCACAAUUGCCGAAGUGAAAACCAUUCGGAGAAGGGUGUUAAGAGCAAUAUCAAGUAGUCAAAAAACCUCCAGUGAGUCAGAAGGAGUUUGGUCCCAUCUGAUACAUAUGUCGAAAAAUCCGUACCUACCUAUUUUCAAAUAAAUUUUUAUUCCUACAAAUAGGCAAAACAUAAUAAACAUUGUAAAUGGCUGAAAUAAAUUGAAAUCUCUCUUAAAUAAUA